AUGACUUUAACCUCAAGCGAAACCAUGCCAGCUACAAACGGCACCGCCCACGAUGACUGGGCAAUUGACACGUCUGCCUUUGCCUUUACCCCCCGCAAGCUGCGCGUGGUGUGUAUCGGCGCGGGCAUUUCUGGGUUGACCAUGGCGUACAAGCUGAAGCAUGAGCGCCCGCUUGACUAUAUAGACUUCACCAUCUACGAGAAGAAUCCUGAAGUCGGCGGGACGUGGUAUGAGAAUGUCUACCCGGGUGUUGGAUGUGAUAUCCCAAUUCACAGUUAUGCUUUCUACUUCAAUCCCAACCCCGACUGGUCGCAGUGCUAUGCGAAGGGACCGGAGAUCCAGCAGUAUAUCCUUGAAACAAUCAAGAAGUUUGGUUUGGAUGAGAAGGUGCAGCUUAAUACCAAAGUCAUUAGUUCGGUUUGGAAUGAAGACCAAGGCCAUUGGCAGCUGAAGCUUCAGCGCGGUGAUGAGGUGGUCGAGGAUAAGGCUGAUGUCCUUCUUGAUGGAAGUGGUAUUCUCAAUAACUGGAGCCUUCCGGAUAUUGACGGCCUCGAUACAUUCCAAGGAAAGGUGCUGCAUACAGCCAAAUGUAGGGACCUCGACUAUGACUGGACUGACAAGAAGAUUGCUGUUAUUGGCAACGGCUCCUCAGCACUACAGGUCAUCCCCGCCCUACAGCCAAAAGCUAGCAAACUCGUUAACUACAUCCGGCAUCCAACAUGGGUAUCCACCAACCUAGCUGGCGAUAUUACCAAAGACAAAAUGGGAACAAACUUUCAAUAUACAGAGGAGGAGAAGAAACUAUACCGUGAGGAUCCAGCCAAAUUCCUAGAGUAUAGAAAAUACAUUGAACGAUCAGUCAACAUUACCUACCAGCUCAUGCUCUCCGGCUCCCCCGGAAACAAAUUCUUAUAUAACCUCGUUAACGGCGUCAUGCGCGCCCGUCUCGCUGAAAAUCCCCAUCUCAUCGACAAACUCAUCCCAGACUAUGAGAUUGGCUGUCGUCGCCUUAGCCCCGGAGACGGAUAUCUAGAAGCCAUGCAAGAGCCUAACGCGCGUUUCUGCUUCGACCCGAUUACACGAAUCACGCCUCGGGGGAUCAUCACGAAAUCCAAAUCCGAAUCCGCGGAGGGAAAGGAGGAAGAAGAGGAAUUCGACCUAAUCGUCUGCGCCACCGGAUUCAACACCUCGUUUAUUCCCCCCUGGGAGCUGGUCGGACGGGACGGGCGAAGACUCGAUGAAGAGUGGAAGGAUAUCCCACAGGCUUAUUUCUCUAUGUGUGCGCCUGGGAUUCCGAAUUACUUUAUCUUUACUGGGCCUAAUAAUCCAAUUGGACAUGGGUCUGUUCCUGCCACGAUAGCCUGGUCGGGGGAUUAUAUGCUGGAUUGGAUUGAGAAAAUUGCAAACGAGGAUAUCAAGUCUAUUGCCGUGAAAGACGAUAUUGUGUGUGCAUAUAAUCGCUACGCGGUUGAGAGCUUGAAGCGCUGCGUGUGGUCCAAGGGCUGCACGGCCUGGUAUAAUAAGAAGAACGGGCAGAGUACGACGGUGACGGCGAUGUAUCCAGGAAGUGUGCUGCAUUAUAAAGAAUAUAUCAAAACCAUCCGCCCUGAGCAUUUCGACAUCGGGUACAACACGUCCAAUCCAUUCCGGUAUCUGGGGAAUGGGGAACUGGAGUUUGAGAGGGCUGAGGAUGGUGAUCUUGCUUAUUACUUGACUUGAUUGAUAGCAGACGAUGGAGAGCGUGGUUCUUUUAAAUGUUAUUAUGCGGGACUCGUAACCACGUUAUUUCAAAUCUCUUGUUUCUAGCUUGAAGUGACAUCAACCACCAACUUCCCUGUAAUCUAAACACAUUGUCAGAUAGGAUAGCAAUAGUUAGUAAUGGU